AUGGCUGAAACAACAGGCGCUGUUGGUCCGAACGACCCCUUCGAUGCUGAUAUUCAGCACGAUGGGAUGGGAAACUCCCCACGGCGUGUUAUCGAUCUCGGUACUGGGACUGGAAUCUGGGCUAUCGACUUUGGUGAUCAAUUUCCCUCUGCAGAGGACAUUGGUACGGACCUAAGCCCUACUCAACCUUCGCUGGUCCCUCAAAAUGUGGGAUUCCUCGUGGAUGACAUGGAGGAUGAGUGGACAUACGAGAAUAAGUUCGACUUUAUCCAUGCGCGUUUCCUGGCAUCUUCUCUCAAGGACUACAAAAAGGUGUUGAAGCAAUGCUACAACAAUACCGUUCCCGGAGGAUGGGUCGAAUUCCAAGACUGGGACAUGUAUACAUAUUCCGAGGAUGGAACUUUGAAGGACGCAUACCUGGAACGGUACAACAAGGAAGUCACGGAGGGGUUCAAGAAAGCCGGAUACGUCGUGAGUCCGGGACCACAUUUGGAAGCGUGGUUCCCUGAAGCAGGCUUUCAAAACAUCCACGUCCAGAAAUACCGCGUCCCUUUGGGGACCUGGCCAAAGGAUCAACACUACGCCGAGUCCGUGUUCGAAGCCGCCGCGAUGGCGGUCUUGACGAGAUUUCAAGGCUGGUCCAAGGAUGAAGUGACGGUGCUGGUUGCCAGAACUAAGGAAGACGCGAAGAAUCCAAAAAUCCAUUCAAUGUUUGACUUUUAUGUUGUCUACGGUCAGCGACCAGAGUAA